AUCCCCGUCGAGAACCAACAGCGGAGAGGAAUUAACAGAGCUGGGCACGCAGAGAUGUGGCGAGGAAAUUAUGGUGUGAAUGUACAGGGAGGAGGAGUCGCCGGAAGAGAUUGUCCCUCGCCGACGCAGCAGCCGCAGCAGCUGGUAGCAGUGGCUGUUGACAACGACAAAAACAGCCAGCAAGCACUCAAAUGGGCAGCAGACCACCUCGUGGCUAAGGGACAGCUCUUCCUCCUCCUCCAUGUCCGUAAGAAGAUCACCACCAUUGCUACGCCAAGUGGUCACGAUGUGCCUAUCACAGACGUGGACGAGGAAAUUGCCUCUGCUUUUUACAGCAAGGCUGAUGCCCAGCUCGAGCAGAUGCUUCUCCCUUUCAGAUUCUUUUGUAGCAGAAGAGGGUUGCUGUGCAAGGAAGUGAUUCUUGAAGACACGGAUAUCUCAAAAGCCAUCGUAGACUAUGCCUUCCAUGGUUAUAUUGAUAAACUUGUUCUUGGAGUUUCAUCAAGAUCGCUGUUCAGGCCAUUUAGGCAAACUGAUGUGCCAACAGCAGUUUCAAGGGCAGCACCAGACUUCUGCACCAUUUAUGUUAUUGCAAAAGGGAAGGUCUCAACGGUUCGGCCCGCUCCUCAUCCAAUUAGACAUCCAGUUAAUCGGGCACUCAGCAUCAACCUAGAAGCAGAAAACUACGUCCUACCUUCUCCUAAGAGUCAGCCAUUUCACAUUCCUGCUGAUGGUCUGGAUCUUGAGCUUGUCAGACGCCACAAACUACAAGCUGAUCAUGCAGCCCCAGAUAAUAUUGCAAGAUGCAAUCCCAGGCUUGAAAGGGUAUCUGGUUCACAUAAACCGAUUUUGAAUUAUGACCAGUUGCAGGGGAGCAACAUUAAUUUCGGGACUGGUAUAUCACCGCGGAGCCGUGGAAAUGCAUAUCUUGAAAGGCAGCCAACUAAUGUCCAUUAUCAUCCCUUGCAUGCUAAUAGGCUCAAUCCUCAACCCAGCUGCUUGAGGGAGGAUUCCUGCAGUACUCAGUCGUCAUCCCUCAGAAGCUUUGAUAUUGGGAGAGAUAUUGAAGGGCCUAAUUACUGGAGAAAUAAUUCAUCAAAUGAUUAUGGAGGCGGUGCUCUUGGGAACUCCGCUGCUUCUUCACCAGGCAGUGGUGGAUAUGAUUGGCGAAACAACUCGUUACGCUCACAAGAAAGCGAUGCAUAUGGUUUCUCCAAGAACAGCUUAUUGGUGUCGAGUGAGGCUCCUGGUGAUAAUUGGUCUAAGAACUCAUUGGUUUCGGAUGGAAGUACCGAAUUCACCAGAAGUUCAAUGGUCUCGAAUGAGAGCUCAACGGAGAGUUGGUCCAAAGAGUCAAUGCAAGAUGAUGUUGAGACCGAGAUGCAAAGGCUGAGACUGGAAAUACAGCAGAGAAUGGACAUGUACAACAGUGUUUGCAAAGAAGCUAUAUCUGCAAGACAAAAGGCAAAAGAUCUACGCUCAUGUAAGGGGAAGGAAGAAAGCAUGAUUGAUGAUGCAAAAAUGGUUGAAGAGGCAGCUAUUGAAAUCGUGAAGAAGGAGAAGCAAAGAUGCCGAGUGACGCUUGAAGAUGCAGGGGUUGCAAAAAAGGCAGUAGAUGCAGACGAUGGCAAGAGGCAAGAUACAGAAAGAAAGGUGAUGAAGAAGGGAGCUGAUCAGCGGAAGAAGUCAUGGGAUCAAAACAUUCUUGAUCUUGCUUACAGAAGGUACAGAAUAGAAGAGCUAGAGAAGGCUACUGAGAAUUUCUCCGUGUCCCUUAAAAUUGGAGAAGGAGGUUAUGGGCCCGUCUUUAGGGCGAUGCUAGACCACACUUGGGUGGCUAUCAAGGCUUUGAGACCAGAUGCAUCACAAGGGAAACAACAGUUUCAGAAGGAGAUUGAGAUCUUAAGCCGCAUCAGACAUCCAAACAUGGUCCUCCUCCUUGGUGCCUGCCCAGAAUAUGGUUGCCUGGUCUAUGAGUACAUGGCCAAUGGCAGCCUUGAAGACUGCCUUUUCAAGAAAAACGACAACCCACCUCUAACCUGGCAGCAGCGGUUCAAAAUCGCUGCAGAAAUCGCUACUGGCCUCCUCUUCUUGCACCAGACAAAGCCUGAACCUCUUGUCCAUAGAGACCUGAAGCCGGCCAACAUACUUCUCGACCACAAUUUCGUCGGCAAGAUUAGUGAUGUUGGGCUAGCACGGCUAGUUCCACCCUCUGUUGCUGAUGAUGUAACUCAAUACCGGAUGACCGCAGCAGCAGGCACAUUCUGUUACAUAGAUCCUGAGUACCAGAAGACAGGCAUGGUGGGGAUCAAGUCUGAUGUUUAUGCACUUGGUAUCAUAUUGCUGCAACUCAUAACAGCAAGGCCACCAAUGGGGCUUGCUCAUAACGUUGAGUGGGCAAUAGAGAAAGGCAUGUUUGCAGAAAUGUUGGACCCUGCUGUUCCAGACUGGCCCAUGGAGGAAACCAUGUCCUUUGCAAAGAUGGCACUGAAGUGUGCCGAGCUGAGGAGGAAGGACAGGCCAGAUUUGGGGACGGUGGUACUGCCGGAGUUGAAUCAGCUGAGGGACCUGGGAAAUAGAUGCUCACAGCUAAUGGAGCCAGGAAGCCAAUUCCGCCAGUCACGUUCACCUAGUUUCCAGGAAGUUAUCACAAUGGAAAAUCUGCCGCACGCAAUCAGCCAAGCAGAAUAUUAGUGGUAGCAAUGGCAUUGCUUCUUCAAGACAGACCCAAAUAUUCCAAGUUCAAACCCAAAGUUUGUAAUUACAAAAUUAUCCUUGUUGUACUAACUUGCUUGUACUAUCCUAGACCGAUGAACUCUUCGGCUUGCAUAUGCAUAGAUGUUAUUCAACAGAUAAUUUGCAUUGCCUUUGUUCAUGUGAUAA